AUGACACUUGUGGUGACUGGUCAAACAUCGAAACAUUGUCCUCCCAAAUUGCAUUCGUCGAACAUUCCCGAUCCUUGUUUCGUGACGAAUCCUGGGUUGCGUCGCCAUCUUGAUCUUUUCCGAGCGUUUGCGCUACAAAUACAUGGUCCUCCUAUGGCUUUCGCAGGUGGCCCUAAACUAGGAUGGGCGUCACAGGAGUCUCCGCGCUUGCUUAGAGGUUCUACUACACCCUUGAAGCUCCCUUCCCGCACGCUUUGUGGCAGGCUUUUGAACACCGCCUUAGCCGUGCCUUCCAGGGGAUUUGACUUCCAGCGCCGGAGCAAGUCGCUAAGGGAGUUUUUACCCGUAUAUCGUGGCAUGCUGGCCACGCUUUGUGCUUUGAAAACCUCUCUAAACAUUGUGAACAUGUCCGUCACCGGGUUCCCAGCACCUACUCCCUCUCUAUGUUCCAUAUUCAUAACUGAUAUGGACUCAAUGAUCGUUGAUCCUUGGGAGGACAGCGCCGACGAUGGUCGCGACGACUUGGGUGAGGCUUGGUAUGGGUCGGAUAGUGGCCCAACGCUUGUUCGAAGUGCGUGGUAUCCCUGA